CUUAUCCCUGUGGAGUGGGCCAUAUGGCAAGAAUGCUGGGUCUCGGUCGACGGUGCUCGGCGGUGCCUCCGAUGAUCCCCUAUGAAAUUGACAGGUUAAAGACUCGGACGACGCUUGCGGCCAACCAUUGAUAAACCAACACUUCUCGUCCCAUAUAUUGUGCCGUGCUGUUCUUAUCAGUUGUUGCAUAUAUAUCUGUUUGGUGUCUAUGGCCUGAAGCCGUACACACACCCUGUCGACAAGACUCAGUUGCUGAGAGAUAUCCAAUCUGGUCAAUAUUGAUUUCCCGAUUUUUUACAUUCUUCCAUCCGUCUUCUCUAUAAUACCAUGCUCGGAAUUCCCGCCUUCAUAAAUUCUAUAUUGGCAUAGACAGAACAGAACAGAAUGAAUCGACAACAGGCUGCGGAAAAAGCCUUGCACGACCAGACUAACAUCUUGCCUAUCGGGCAAUUGCUGGUUGUCUUUACGGGGCUCGCAGUUUCUCUGCUUAUCACCUUCGUUGAUCAAAAUGGUAUCAGCGUUACUCUUCCCACAAUCGCCCGAGAUCUCAACGCCCAGGAUACCAUCUCAUGGGCAGGCACAUCGUCCCUUAUUGCGAACACCAUGUUUACGGUGCUUUAUGGUCGGUUGUCUGAUAUCUUCGGCCGAAAGAUAGUCUACUUGUGUGCCUUGGCACUCCUUUGCAUUGCCGAUCUACUGUGCGGUCUAUCUCAGAAUGCUCCAAUGUUCUAUGUCUUUCGAGGAUUGGCUGGUGUAGCUGGCGGCGGUGUC